UUCAAGUUCACUGGCAUUCACUAUUUGGCGGCCCACGGGGCAGACAAGUCAUUUAUACGGUAAUGCCCAACAGGCCUCAAUUAAAUAAGACCCAAAAGACGGAACGAGUUAGGAGAGCUCUGCACAAGCUUUUCCCACCUUCUUCUAAUCAGCUUCUGCGCGUCCUAGCAGUAUCUUCGUUGCUUAAGAUGGUAAUAAACUUCCGCCAUACAAAUGAAGACCAUGCUUGCAGUGAGACGGACCGAAGAGAAACCUUCACAGAAUGCUGCCGGUGUUUCAACCGGGGAAAUGUCGAUUGAUACGGGUAGAGUUGUCGGUUGGGCGGUGUGUAUCUAUUUGCAAGAUAAAUCGAGCUAUGAAUAUGGCCUGUCCGUGAAUGCAAAAUGGGAUGCAGGUUUGAAUAGAGAGGAGCGGUGCACAAUGCGACUAGUCUGAGGUUAUUGAUUGCUUUCUACUCUGAG